UCAGUUGAUGGAGCUUUUACAUUGCCGUGCAAGAAGGAGGUUUUCUAGGGGACUGAAACGCAAACCAAUGGCUCUGAUUAAAAAGCUGAGAAAAGCAAAGAAAGAAGCUGGACCAUUGGAAAAACCAGAAGUCGUGAAAACACAUCUCAGAGACAUGAUUGUGGUUCCAGAAAUGGUUGGAUCCAUUGUUGGUGUUUAUAAUGGAAAAACAUUCAACCAGGUUGAAAUCAAACCUGAAAUGAUUGGACAUUAUUUAGGGGAGUUCAGUAUCACAUACAAACCUGUAAAGCACGGAAGACCAGGUAUUGGUGCUACACAUUCUUCAAGGUUUAUUCCUCUGAAGUAAAGCAUUUUGUACCCUAAAAGUCAAUAAAGUGUUGUGUGAAUAAA